AGAGCAACGUUAAUAGAAACAGUAUGUAACAUUAACGCGUGUCUAGCGUCGAGACGCCAGGCGUCUUAAUCACCAUUUCCUACAUACAUCAGUGCGAUUUUCUUUCUACUCUAUUCGUUCUUCAAAUAAAAAUUCCGCACUUAUUAAAGUUUCAUAAUAAAUAAACGUUUUAAACGGUAAAACAGUACAAUGGAAUAUUUAUUAUCCGAUCGCGUGCUUAGAUGAUUAGGACAUUAUUUACAACAACGGCAAUUAACACUAUAUGUAACAGUUGAUAAAAAAAAAAGGAAGAAAAAGGAGUUUUUUUUUGUGAUGAUAGUACACGCAACAAAUGAAGAGCAAAUGGCGAUCCUCCCGCCCUGAUCAUCAAGGAAACCUUGGAACGAGACCGCGGAGACCGCCUUUAUUUUGAAUGAAUUCAUAAAUUCGCGUUUAUCACAUUUUUUUUCUCAUAUAUUUUAAAAUAGUGCUCCGUGUCGGUGUGUCGACAAAAGCCGGUGUUGUAGAUUAAGUGACAAUUGAAUAAAACAACAAACUUUUUUCCGAUUCACGUGUUAUUUCAGUGAUUUCAAAUGUUUUAACAAUCGGCUCACUUGAUGUUAAGUUGUUAAUAAGAAAAUAACGUCGUGUUCCCAAGAGAAAAACAAGAAGCAGGAAUCAAAAUGGUCUCCAGUAAAAUAGAAGCAGAGGAAGAGGGACUUGGCUUCCAAAACACUGUGAUGUAUGGCAGAUACAGUAGACAGUUGGGAGAAUUCGCAAAAUUAGAGGCUCUUAAACAGGCAGAAAAGAGGAGACUAAAGGAAGAAAAAGCCAGAAAAAAAGAACUUCACGGAUACCAUGGAAAAUUUGCUAAAACUAUCGGUUUCAUUUGGAGACACACUUUUGCGAAACUGGGAGAAGAUUGGAUUUUCCUUGCAAUUUUAGGGGUAAUUAUGGCAUUCGCCAGUUUUAUUACAGACAAAGGAAUAUCGAUGUGUAACAAAGCGAGAAUUUGGUUGUACAGAGAUUUAGCAGUGGACCCAGUGACCCAGUAUUUUUCUUGGAUAAGUUUGCCAGUAUGUCUGGUUUUAUUCGGUGCAGGAUUCUCACAUUUAGUGGCACCCCAGUCAAUAGGUUCGGGUAUUCCCGAAAUGAAAACGAUACUGCGGGGCGUGGCCCUGAAGGAAUAUCUCACUUUCAGGACAUUAGUAGCGAAAGUUGUUGGGUUAAUUGCCACCCUCGGUAGCGGGCUACCUUUGGGGAAAGAAGGUCCUUUUGUACAUAUCGCCAGUAUCGUUGCAACAAUACUUAGUAAACUGGUAACAGGAUUUAAAGGAAUCUACGAAAACGAAAGCAGAAAUACGGAAAUGCUAGCAGCAGCCUGCGCAGUAGGCGUGGGAAGUUGUUUUGCAGCGCCAGUCGGGGGGGUUCUGUUUAGUAUAGAGGUAACAACGGUAUAUUUCGCAGUUAGAAAUUAUUGGAGGGGUUUCUUUGCGGCGGUGUGCGGGGCAACAGUAUUCAGAUUGUUAUCAGUCUGGUUUGAUAAGACGGCCACCGUGACUGCGAUUUUCAGGACCAAUUUCCAAAUGGACUUCCCGUUCGACCCCCAAGAACUAUUCGUCUUUGCUUUGAUAGGGACCAUCAGUGGUCUCGGGGGGGCCUUUUACGUAUGGGUGCACCGACAGUAUGUUACUUUUAUGCGAAAAAGUAAACUUAUCAACUCGUUUCUGCAAGAAAAUCGGUUUCUUUACCCCGGUUUGGUUGCCCUAUUGGUGACCACUGUGUCGUGUCCUCUCGGGUUUGGUCAGUUUAUAGCCGGCGACCUGACAACGCACGAACAAGUGACCAGCCUAUUCUCAAACUUUACUUGGACAGGGGCGAACAGGACAGUCGAAGAACACAACGUAAUACAACAUUGGGAAUCCCCGUAUACAGGAAUAUACACCAACUUAUUUCUCUACAUUGUAUUUACGUUUAUAGGUUCGAUCAUAUGUUCCACAAUCCCACUACCGAGUGGCAUUUUUAUACCGGUGUUCAAGAUAGGAGCGGCCCUCGGUAGGAUGGUAGGAGAGGGAAUGCACGACUGGUUCCCCAUGGGGUUGAACUACGGAGGUCACAUGGCCCAAAUCAUCCCCGGCGGAUACGCCACCGUGGGUGCAGCGGCGUUCAGUGGGGCAGUGACCCACACAAUAUCAGUUUCUGUGAUUAUUUUCGAAAUGACAGGACAAAUCACCCACAUCAUUCCCAUCAUGAUCGCCGUUCUCAUAUCGAACGCGGUCGCCAGUUUCCUAACGCCCAGUAUAUACGACAGUAUUAUUCUUAUCAAGAAGUUGCCCUAUUUACCCGACUUUCUGCCGAGCAGUAGCGGAAUGUACAACGUAUACGUAGAAGACUUUAUGUUAAGAGAAGUCAAGUACAUUUACAACAGCAUGACAUACGAGCAAUUAAAAUCCCUGCUGAAGGAGAACAGAAAGUUAAAAACGUUCCCUCUCGUCGACAACCCAGACAGCAUGAUUCUACUGGGAUCCGUACAACGAUUUCAACUUAUAGAUCUGAUAGAAAAGCAUAUUGGAAGGGAGAGAAGGUUGCAGGUCGCUGCGAUAAGGCAAAAAGAGGCGCAAGAAAAGGCCCGCGAAGAGGCCCUCAAAAAAACAGAAGAAAAGCAAAGACGACCAUCGAGAUUCCACGUAUCCCCAGCGGCUGUGGAUGCUUUAAAUAUGAAACAAAUGUCCGAAAAUCAUCUAAAUGUCGACCAGCCAAUGUUCAACCCAGUUUACGGAAGUCAGCCCAAAAAAUCGAUUCUCAAAAAGACAAAUUCGUUUACUUUAAGGGGAUUCAACCCUCUGACAUCGCAUAGCCCUGGAUGCACCCCCUAUACCACAGUCACUGGGGCAGAAAGUAGACUACGAUUGGCCUUCGAAAAUAUUUUCAGAAAAUCGACGCAACUACAAGACGUUGACAACAGUGACAGUAUGGCUGUUUUAAGUGGCGAAAAUGGGGCCAUAAUCGUUCCUACAAGCCCCACUUCGUUGAAAAAAGUUCAACUUCCCAACGAAAGAGUUUGUGACAUGACCCCUGAAGACCAAAAGGCUUGGGAAGAAGAACAGAUGCAAUUCCCAGUUGAUUUUUGCAAAUGCCACAUUGACCCAGCCCCCUUCCAACUGGUCGAGAGGACCUCUCUCCUCAAAGUUCACUCCCUAUUUUCGAUGGUGGGAAUAAACAUUGCUUACGUAACGGCAAUAGGGAAACUAAUCGGAGUGGUUGGACUGAAGGAGCUUAGGAGAGCUAUUGAAGACGCCAACGCAGGCGUGUUAAACCCCCAGGUCGUCGAGAUGAACACCUUUUACAAUGCCAACAUCACUUCCAUCCCAAUAAACGACGAAAAGGACGAAAUAGAGGACGACGAGAAGGACGAGAAAGAAUCGGACCCAAACACCGCACUUAUGUCAAACAACAACAAGAAGGAUAGCGAGUGUUAGCGCGUGUAAUUUUAUUUCAUUUUUCACCCUGUUUUUAUAAUUACGAGGUGGAAAACAUCUGACCAAUGCUUUAAUAAGAUUUAAUAUAAAAUUAUAUAUAUACACCGUGUGUAUGCGUCAUCGAAAGUCGUGUAUUAUCGUAAAUACUUAAGCGAUUGAAAACUUAUUUACUUGUUUCUUUAAAUUUUAACUUCAUUUUUCCAAAAAAAUUAUUUCCACGACCAAACAGUAUAAUUUUCUUUAGUGUUGCAUUUACUUUGUUAACAAAUUACAAGAGACACUCGAUAAUGUGAACAAAAAACAACACAUACAAUUAGCAAGAAAUAUCACUUCUUACCAAAGAAAUCAAAAAUUAUUUCUUGCAUAAUGGAAUGGCUUUUUUCCUAGUUUUUCAGUUUUACUCCUUUUAGUCUGCAGAAGUAAUAAAGAUUCGUUUCUAUAACCGAAGGUUUUGUUUGUUCACGGUAUACGGUGGUCUAGCAUAAAUAAUAUGCUGUUAACAUUAUCAAGUGUCUAGAGUGAUUUGUGAUUGUGAAUUUAAAUUGAAAAAGAAAAAACGUACGAUUCUGUCUGUGAUCUAGACUUUAGAAAAUACUAAGAGGCUGUACAAUCUUGUUCCUGUUCUUGUACUAUUACCAAUAACUGUAUAUAUUAUCACAUUAUAAUUAUAAGUAGGAAUGUUAGUUUUUAGAUAAAAUUAGAACCAUUAUUAUCAUUAACGUUAUCUACCACACAUCCCCUUAUUGUUAUAUCUGUUUCUGUUCUUCAUUAUGUUAUUUUAUUCGUAAACGAACAUUUGAGUUGCUGUUAUUUAUUAUUGUUUGUCAAUUUUACAGUAAUAUUGUGAUAUUGUCCUACAUAAAACGUAUUAAAAGAGCAAUACCAAAAAAAAAAAAA